AUGGAUUCUCAGGAUUCAUCUGUCCAUGUGGUCACCAUCCGCGAGAGCAAGCCACCAGACAGCGCCAUGGGCGACGAGGUGCAGCUGACAUCCGAGCCACCAGCCCCGGCCAGCCACUCGAACCAGGAGUCUGCUGCGCCGACCGAGAAGGAUGCCUCUCACGAGAAGCCAAGGAAAUGCUCCAGCAAGAACCGAUCCAAGAAGGGGAGGAAGCCGAGCAAGUCCGCGACUGCCGAAGCCGAGACAGCUGACUCUUCCGCCCAGGAGUCUGCUGCCGAAUCCUCCUCUGAGUCGGAUCUGAGUGAUUCAGAGGACGGGAACGAAGUCGUUGACAAGAAGCAGGCCAGCAAGAAGCAGCACUGCCGCCAGCAAAAGACCAAGAAGAAGACCAAGGCGAAGAAGGCCAAGCAGCUCACGAUCCAGAGCAAUGCAUCCUCCUCGGACAGCGAAUCGAGCUCUUCUGACUCUGACGACAACAGCGACUCGUCGACGACCAAGCCCAAGGGCUCAAAGCCGCUGAUGGCAAAACUUAUCGAAGAGCUGCAACAGACCAGGCUGCAACAAGCCAGGCUGCACCAGGACACCCAGAUGCACCAGUAUGGCAAUAGAAUGGGCCUUCCCGGUGACAAUAACAUGAUCAUCGAUCCCUUGCGCUACCAACCUCCUCCCCCAAGCAAUAUCGCCGCCGAUAGGAACAGGAUCCACAGGGGCAUCCCGGGCGGAGGACUGGACGGCACCGGGCUGAACAACUAUCUGCUGACCGGCAACCUGAACCAUGGCCAAAAGGCAAAGAAGCCCAAGGUCAAGACGCCCAAGACGGCGAGGCUCGAGUUCAAGCGCGUGGACCAGGUCUGGGACAACACCAUCCACAACUACAAACUGCAGGACACGGCUGAGGGCGCCAACGACACCCAGUACGACGAGUACGUGUUCCACGUCCGGCGUACCUUUGACUGGGAAGGCAAAUAUAAGCAGACCCUGAUCGACAUCAAGAGUAAGCUGCUGCGCGAGUGCCUGCAGGACGUCAUGGGCAAUAUCAAGGGCGUCAGCUUGGUCGAGGACACUCCGAAGCUGGACCCGAACCUGCUGUUCCUAUACCUUGAAGAUCUCCGAAAGCACCUGAAGGAUCUUAAGAAGAUCAAGAUUUCUGGCGGUGACAAGCACAGCCGCAAGAAGGAGCAGAAGCGCAUUGACACCAAGCGUCAGCAUCUCAAGGUUCUUGUCAAGUACAUUGACAAGGACUAUGAUACUGUCAAGAAUAGUCUCUAUCCUAUGCUGGAGAAUGGUCUGAUCACAUUUGAUCUACUCUGGGCCCUGUGGAAGCCCAACACGCUGGUGUACACAACCACCUAUGGCUGCCAAGACCAACCUCGAGUUUUCAAGGCAGAGGUUGCCGAGAAGCACUACAGCAUAAUGAAGGGCGAGUAUUACUACAUCGAGGGCAAGUAUUUCGAGUAUGACGGCAAGCAGUUCGGCUACGGCGGAAUUUGUGAGGAAAUUGCCGACUUCCGCGGCGCCAGAAAGAUCACCAGUCUCAGCUGCUACCCGUUCAAGUACCACAAGCAGGAAUCGCAGCUGCGCCAGAAGCUGAUCAGCCGCGGCAAGAAGUUUGUGACCCUCAGUGGUGUUCACUACAAGUCGCACCACGGCAUGGCUUACUUCAAGAAGAAGAAGGCUGUCGUCAAAGUCAAUAUCAAUGGCCGCGUCAUGGUGGACCCAAGCAUCCACCGUCGCAUCAACCCCAACUAUCUCAUCUCGCACGUUCGUCCUAAGGACCACGAUAUCUUGUCUGAAGAUGAAGACUCGGGUGGCGAGGGCGGCUGUUGCGGAGCCGAUAGCUCCGACAACGGAGGAGGCUGUGACAGCGAUGGCGAAGGCGAGGGUGGAUGUGGCAAGGGAGUCAAGUUUGUCACCAAGGUCAUCAAGGAUCGCAAGGGCCGGGUGCAGAUGAUCAGCAUGCCCAAGUUUGACAGUGACAACGAGAAGGGCGAGAAACUAGAUGAGGUUCCAGCCAAGGACGAGAAGACUGAGAAGGACGAGGCCGGUUCAUCUCGCAAGGCUGCAGACAAGGCCAAGGCCGAAGAGGGAGACGAUGCCAAGAAGCCCGUUCCCGAAUUCACCGACGAGGAGUAUCUGAUUGCUUCUCCUGUCGUCCUGGGCUUUGCCUUUGCUGAGAAGCUCUGGCUCGAGUUCACUGUCUCUGGAAUUAACGAGAUUCAGUGGAACGAGCAUGCGUACGAGUCGCUGGUCCUCGAAUCCAAGACCAAGGACAUCGUCAAGGCCCUGGUCGAGUCGCACAAAUACCACGCGGCUGAGAGCAUUGACGACGUGAUCCAAGGCAAGGGCAAGGGUCUUGUUGCUGUCCUGCACGGCCCUCCCGGCACAGGCAAAACUUUGACGGCCGAGGGCAUCAGCGAGCUGCUCAAGUGCCCGCUGUACAUGGUGUCCGCCGGCGAGUUAGGCACCGACUCUCGCUACCUCGAGACCGAACUGCAGAAGAUUCUUGACAUCUGCCACGCCUGGGGUGCGAUCCUACUCCUUGACGAGGCGGAUGUCUUCCUCGAGAAGCGCAACAUGCACGACAUUCACCGUAACGCUCUAGUCAGCAUAUUCCUCCGUCAGUUGGAGUACUUUCAGGGCAUUCUCUUCCUCACCACCAACCGUGUCGAGACCUUUGACGACGCCUUCCAGUCCCGCAUUCACAUCGCCCUGCGCUACGACUCGCUGGACCAGCGCGCCAAGAAGGCCAUCUUCAAGAUCUUCAUCGAGCGGGUGCGCGUCCUCGAGAAGGUUGCCCUUAUGCCCUUUACUGAGGGCGACUACGACGCCCUGGCCCGCCACGACCUCAACGGCCGGCAGAUCAAGAACACGGUGCGCACGGCGCAGGCGCUCGCCGUCAACAAGGGCGAGCCGCUGUCCAUGACACACAUCCGCCAGGUGCUCGAGGUGCAGAUGUCGUUCGACCGCGACCUCAAGGGCGGGCCGGGCUUCUCGGACGCGAUGCGGAGCUACUUUUGA